AUGAGAGUAGUUAUCGUGGGUGCUGGAAUUUCGGGUUUGUCACUUGCAUCAUUUUUGCGUCGGUUGAAUAUUGAUUGUGUUGUUCUUGAACAGGCACCUUUUUUAUAUGCGACAUAUCAGGCACCAUUUACACUUUUUGCUAAUGCACUAAGUUGUUACAAAGCGUUUGAUAUGAAACAUGUGCUUGAGGGAGGUGAUGUUGUAUCUGAUGAUUUCUUUGGUAUAUUAGAUGAAAAAUUACGUUGGCUUCUUAAGGUGCGGAACAGGACGGUAAACCUUCGGGUAUUGGGAGAAGACCGAAUACCAUUAAGUACGGCCCCUCCUGCCAAUAGUGAUUCUAUUGUUUCGCGUCGCCAUGCAGAACAAGUCAAACAGGAACUCGGAUGCGUCCCUUUGCGCGCAACUUUCUCUGCGGAGUAUCUCCGUACUGUUUUGCGCCAUCAUGUAGAAGAUAUACGCUUUGGAAGCCGUGUGGUGGAUCUUUUCCCACAUGAAGGUAUUAAAGGUGGUGUACACGUUGUGUUAGAAAAUGGAAAAACAGAGUGGGGUGAUGUGGUUGUGGGAGCAGAUGGUGCACAUAGUACUAUCCGAAAGCUUCUAUAUCCUGGUGAAUAUGUUGGAACCAGUAGUAGAUCGCUUGGAAUGACGCAAGUUGAUGGGUUUGUUAAUAUUACCAAUGAUAGUUUUCUUACCGGCGAUGUUCCUGUUGAGGUGUGGGGUUCACGCCGUACUCUUUCAUGUGUGCCACUGCGACGAGAAGGAAAGAGACAACUUGCCUUUUCAGCGACACUGUUUGAUCCACCUACAGAAGUAGUAGACAUUUCUGCUGAGACGGACGCUAUGACAGUUCGGGAAAUCUAUCGUUCUCUCUUACGUCGGGAGUUUGCUGUUUUUGGUGAAGAUAUUUCACAAGCCCUUGGUAAAGCAGAACUGGCUAUUCCAACUGAAAUGGUAGAAGUUCCUGUUAUGCCGCGUUGGUUUAAUAAACGUGCUGUUUUGAUUGGUGAAGCUGCACAUGGUUCACUCCCUUCAUUUCUCGCACAAGAUGCUUCUCUGUGUGUUGAGGAUGCCGCACUGCUUGCCACUUCACUUGUGGAUGUUCCACUUUUCACGGAUGCGGGAUUUGAGUACGCAUUCAAGCAGUUUGAGACAGUACGCCGUGAUCGUGUAGAGCGUUAUAUUCGUCAAUCACGGCGAGCUCGUCGAUUCACUGCUUUUGCAUUUCCAGCUGUACGAAAUGCGUUGUUGACUGCGACACCGGCCCCGGCGUUGAUGUGGUUCCAGAAGUGGCUAUCAAACUGGACGUAUAGUUCUCAACAGUUAGAGGUGGAUCCAAAGACAAAGAUGGAAAUAGCAUACAGAAAUUGA